AUGGACGAGCACAAAGCCGUCGAGGUGGUACACAACCAGGGUCAGGAAGCUCUGAAAGACGUCGUCUGUGGAUCAUUGGCUGGUGUCGUGGGGAAAUACAUUGAGUAUCCGUUCGACACCGUCAAGGUGCGCUUGCAAUCGCAACCGGACCACCUCCCGCUUCGAUAUACCGGGCCACUGGAUUGCUUCAAGAAGUCGCUGCAGCAAGAUGGAUUUCUGGGAAUAUACAGAGGCAUCAGCGCUCCGCUUGUCGGUGCUGCGGUGGAAAACGCAUGUCUCUUCUUUAGCUACCGCGUAACCCAAGAUGCCAUUCGAGCGGCAGGCAUCUACCCCGAUUUGCGAACGCAUCCCGAAAAAGACCUACCCUAUUCCGGCCUUCUAUUCUGUGGUGCGGUCGCCGGCGCCUUCACCUCGUUAUUCCUGACGCCCAUUGAGCUCGUCAAAUGCAAGAUGCAGGUCCCUUUGGAGACCACCGUCGGGACUCGUCAUAAGCCUGGGAUCACGAGUAUAAUUGCUUCCAUCUAUCGGCAUCAGGGGUUCAUGGGAUAUUGGCACGGCCAAUUAGGAACGCUGAUUCGAGAGACCGGUGGAGGUGUGGCCUGGUUUGGUGGUUAUGAGGGCGUCAAGCUCACCUUCAAGAAAUACAACCAUCGGCCAGGCCAAAAGGAAGGAGAGGACGAUCUCACGGUGGCGCAACGAUUGGUUGCCGGCGCUGCAGCUGGUGUCUCCUAUAACUUCCUCUUCUUCCCCGCCGACACGAUCAAGUCCCGCAUGCAGACCGAAGAUGUCAAGCCGAUAGGGGGCGCCAAAUCGACGUUCAGUACAGUUGGGCGUGCGAUCUGGCGACAGCAUGGCUUGAAGGGCAUGUAUCGUGGAUGUGGCAUCACUGUGGCCCGUUCCGUUCCGAGCUCUGCAUUCAUAUUCACAAUCUAUGAAGAGCUGAAGAAGCGGUGGCCCGAGGGAAGUCAUGCUGAGCGCUCGAGGUUCGAAGACACACUGCCCCAUGCGGCGCUCGACAAGAUCGUGCUUGACCCUCAAUACCACGAUAUCUUGACGCUCGUGAAAGGCGUUCGGAAUGGCAUCGUGUACGGUUCGAAAGUGCGAUUCCCGCACGCGCUGGUUAUGAUCUUCCUCUUCCGCUCGGGCUCAUUACGCUCCAAGGCAUGGCUCGUCUUCAAAGCGACAAAACAGCACGCCCGCAACCUCGGCUUGUUCGCGCUCGUCUACAAGACAUCCAUGAUAUUCCUCCGACACACGUCGCCGACCGGCAAGGAGCGACACUACGAUUCCUUCCUCGCGGGUCUCGUCGGCGGGUACACCGUCUUCGGCCGCGACAUCCACAACUCGGUCUCUCAGCAGAUCGUCAUCUACGUCUUCGCCCGAGUGUGUCUGGCGCUCGCCAAGAUCGCCGUGCAGCCCAAGCACGUGGGCAGGAUAGAAGGCGGAGGCGGAGGUCUGGGAUUGAUUCCCAACGAGGAGCUUAGGCGGGAGGUGAUGCGCAACGGAUGGCCUGCUUUCGCCAGUCUUAGCUGGGCGGCCGUCAUGUACAUCUUCAGGUGGCAUCCCGAGACGGUGCAGUCGAGUUUGAGGAGUAGUAUGAGCUACAUUUAUGUACAAUCGGACCAUUGGGACUCAUUCCGCACGCUGGUCUGGCACAACAAAUGA